UUCCUCGUCCUCCUCCUCCAUCUCUUCCAAAUAACGCACGCCCAAACCCCAGGCCAAACACCCAACCAACACCCCCAACUAACAACACACCACUGCACCCGCAAACACGGCUGCACGCCCCUAACAACCAGCAUAGUCCUCGACGCAAGCUUCCACUCCAUCCACGCCCUCCACGCCCCAGACACCCCCUGCACCACCCCCUCCGGAGAACUGAACACAACCCUCUGCCCCGACGCAGCGACCUGCGCCCGCAACUGCAUCAUAGAAGGGAUAACGAACUACACAGCGUACGGGGUCGAAGUGCAGCGCAACCACACAGCCGUGAAUCUGCGACAGUAUCUUCCUGCCUCCAGCACCUCAACCUCCACCUCAUCCACCUCAACCACGAAUGGAAACGCAUCAGCACUAAAAACCACCUCCCCCCGGAUCUACCUCCUGGCCCCACCCCCCAACACCAACACCCACACCAACACCAACACCACAACCACCCAACCCCAAUACCAACCCCUCAACCUCCUAAACAGAGAGUUAACAUUCACCGUCCAAAACGCCAACCUGCCCUGCGGGAUGAACGCCGCGCUCUUCCUGUCGGAAAUGCCCAUCUCAGGCGGGUACAACGCGCACCUGAACCGCGCGGGCGCCGCCUACGGCACGGGCUACUGCGACGCGCAGUGCUACGUCAAGCCGUGGGUGAACGGGACAGCCAAUGUUGCGGGGCUCGGGGCGUGUUGUAAUGAGAUGGAUAUCUGGGAGGCCAACGCGCGGGCGACGGCGUUUACGCCGCAUUCUUGUAGUGUUUCUGGACUUUAUGGGUGUGACGCCGAGGGUUCUGGGGCUGGGGAGUGCGGGGCUGGAGAGGGCGGGGUGUGUGAUCACUCUGGCUGUGGGUUUAAUCCCUAUGCUUCGGGGAAUCCGGGGUUCUAUGGGCUCGGGGGCGGGUUUGUGGUUGAUUCUGCGAGGGAGAUUACUGUUGUUACGCAGUUUCUUACGCGGGAUGGGACGGAUACGGGGGACUUGGUGGAGAUUCGCAGGGUUUAUCUUGUUGAUGGGGUUAGGGUCGGGUCUCAUGGUCUGGGGGGGAAUGGGACCUGGGGAGGGGGCGCCAUUACGGAUGCGUUCUGUCGGGCGCAGGGCGCCAGUUCGUUUGAGAGCCAUGGGGGGCUUGCGGGCAUGGGGAGGGCGUUGGCGCGGGGCAUGGUGCUUGUGUUUAGUAUCUGGAAUGAUGCCUCCGGGUACAUGCAGUGGCUGGAUGCCGGGGCCAAUGGCCCGUGCAGUGCUACCGAGGGCGAUCCCCGGGUUAUUGAGAGGGAGGAUCCGGGGACUAAUGUUGUGUUUUCCAAUGUCCGGUGGGGGGAGAUCGGGUCGACUUUUUGA